CCUUCCUGGGCUGCUCCGCUCUGCUCUGCUCUGGGGGGCAUCCGGCCAGCCACGCGCUCCCUGGUCCCACCCCGUGGCGCGGGGCCAAGGGCAGGGCUGGCGCAGCGUGGGGCGGGAGGGGACGAGGAUGAACUGAAUCGGUCGCUUCCCCCCACCCCCCCACCCCAAGAGUCAGAAGAAGAAACUUUCCCACCCGGGGGAACCUCGUCCUCUCCGUCCGCGUGUCCAGGUGCCCAGAUCAGGAGUAGCCGGCAGCCAGGAUGAGCUUCCUCCUGUUUGCAGUCACUGCCCUCCACGUCCUCAUCCUCAUCCUCCUCUUCGUCGCCACGUUGGACAAGUCUUGGUGGGUUUUGCCUGAUGACAACACAGUUAAUAUCUGGUAUGACUGCAUAUACGAUAACAGCACUAACGCCUGGAUCUGCCAAUCAGUGUCUAAAAGUGAUUGGCUCUAUGCGGUCCAGGCCUUCAUGGUGUUAAGUCUUCUGUUCUCCAGCGCCGCCUUCAUCAUCUUCAUGUGCCAGCUCUAUACCAUGAAGAGGGGAAGCCUGUUUUAUGCCACUGGAAUCUUCCAGAUACUUGCAGCUAUCUCUGUGUUUAUAGCUGCUGUGAUCUACACAACCCGUGUGGACGAGUUCCAGAAAGAGCGACAACAAGGUGGCUCCUUCGGCUACUGUUUCGUGCUAGCAUGGCUUUCCUUACCUUUGGCUCUUAUCAGCGGAUUCAUAUACAUCCACCUCCGGAAAAAGGAGUAGCAGGCACCUAGAAGGUCCCUCCGUUGGUCCAGAAAGGGAGCUUGUUCUCCCGGGAACGUUGCUAUGUCUUAACUUUUUGCUGUUAUAUUACCAAAACAUACAUGAUGCCUGGCUUGAUCCAUGAGGAUGACAGUACCGUCAAUAAGUCACCUCCAGUUUGUGUGUUCUUGUUGCACCUUACAGUUCAAAGGUACGCGUGAUCUUGCACGGCACAUCACCUCGGCCUCUGAGAUACUAGUCAUAUACUAAUACUUUUUUUUUUUUUUUGCGGGCAAAAUGAUAUGUCCUGAGACUGUUGAAUAUGCUAAUUCAAGAGACAUGCCUUAAACCAGGGGUUUCCAACUCUGGCACUUCAGAUGUUCAUGGACUACAAUUGCCAUCAGUCCCUACUGGCAUGGCCAAUUGGCCAUGCCAGCAGGGGCUGAUGGCAAUUGUAGUCCAUGAACAUCUGAAGCGCCAGAGUUGGACACCCCUGCCUUAAAACAUUCCUAGUUAGCCCAUUUUGUAAGUUAGUUUUGUAGUGAAAAGUGGUUGCUUCUGGAAAAAAAUUACCAUUUCAAUUUCAUUCAUUCAAUUUCAUUCAUUCAAUUUCAUUCAUUCAAUUUAUACUUCCAUUGUGAGGAAUUGUAGAUUUCCCUCUUCCCCUUCUUCAAUAAGCAAGGUGGUCAACAUUCUCCUGCACCAUAUCAGUUUUCUUUGUUACAAGAUGGGCAGCCCUAUCCAAUGAGCCCGGGGCCCAAUUGUAGCCCCUCCAACCCCAAGGAGCCUUCCUGGUGACAUGGGGAGGCUUAAAAUGCCAAAAAGCCCCCCUGCUGUCAGGAAGCCCCCCCCCCCCCCAGUUGGGCUGAACAGACUUACACCAUCUUUUGGUGGCGUAAAUCUGCAGUCCGGGCUGCUGCGCAAUAGGGCCAAUAGCUGGGAGGGAGCUGACUAAUGUCAGUGCUUCCCUUGGACCACCCCCUCAGGGACGCAGAGAUGUGGGCACAGUGUCCCUCGCCUCAUGCCAUUGGCAGGGAUGGCAGCGGUCACUGUAUGCCAGUGGAUUCACCCCUCCACAGGGACAGGUGUCCUGGGCCCCUUCCGCACACACAAAAUAAUGCAUUUUCAAACCACUUUCGCAACUGUUUGCAAGUGGAUUUUGCUAUUCCGCACAGCUUCAAAGAGCACUGAAAGCAGUUUGAAGGUGCAUUAUUCUGCAUGUGCGGAAUGACCCCUGGAGAGGGAAAAUCCACCAGCAAUCCCACCAGCGGAUUUAGCCCCCUUCCCCCUUUGGAUGGGGCUGUUAAACCGUGUGAGAGGAUAGGUUUAUUUACAAAAUACUUUUGUAUCUUCCGUUGGCGAAACGCAGAUCAAAACCCAAGUGUGCAAAAAUGUCUAGCUUAAAAAAACACACCCUGCAUUUCCAAAUGGAGCGUUGAAUCAGAAACAUCUUCAGUUCUGUACAUGACUCAAGAUAUUUCAGCCUCUUGGAAACUAAAAUAUCAAGUGCGAAAAAGAUGACAGAUUCCAGUUGGAACUCAUGGAACCUUUUGUAAGAGUGAAACUUUCAGAAAUAAGAAUAUUAUACAUGCAGGGGUGCGUGGGUUUUUUUAAAUUCAGAAAACAGUUAACGAACUAUCAUUUGUUGUUCCCUAAUUUCCACAUAAAAUUCUGCAGAAUCCAGGGGGUAUGAAAGCAGAACAGAUAGAGGGCUGUCCCGAGUGGCAUCCACACAAGACUUUUAUCCCACCCAUAGGUUUCAGGCCUGCAACACACACAGUAGUGUCAUUACAAGCACUUUUAAAGCAUUUGAGGUGUCCCUCUCUUUUGAAGUAGCAGCCUUAAAAAAAUGUGGAGUGUGAAUGUGAAAACCACCAUCUACGAAUACUAUAGGUCUCUCUUCAUCGAUAUGCUUCGUUUGACUGCCCCUCCUUGCUCCGUCGUCAUUCAGCAGCAAACAGAUUGUGUGUCUGGAUUGUAUGUGAAGUGACACGUCCUGGUGUAUUCAACAAACAGCUAUUUGCUAUUAAAAACUCCCAACAUGCAGCUACCAUAAUUACUCUCUCCUCUCCCCAUAAGCAGUAGCCGUUUUCAAAGCAAUAGCUUACCUUCCCACCAGUGGUGGGAUUCAAGUAAUUUAACAACCUGUUCUGGCGGUGGGAUUCAAAUAAUUUAAUAACUGGUUGUUUACAAGCACCAUUUUAACAACUGGAUCUGCUGAAGUGGUGCAAACCUGCUGAAUCCCACCACUGCCAAGUUUGACGAGUUUAUGGAUAUUCCAAAAAGGUGGUAUAAGAUGGGAAAUGAAACUAAGAUCUGUCCCACUUCUAAAACUGGGAGGUGUGUCUAUAAGUGAAUCCUUCCCCAUUGUAAUUGUGUCUGCAAAUACAAUGUGCCUUAACAAACGUGUUGUGGAUCUCACUUACAAGUUUCAAAAAUAAGCGUCCUUCCUUCCAUGACAUUUCUAUAGCAGUAUUAUAAUAUGUUGAUUUCUCCAAAGUCUACUUUUACCUUUUAUAUGCAUUUGAAGAAUUAAAAAUAAUAAAGCAUA